UCUAUCUCAAAAAUAAAUAAACGUUAAAUAAAAAAAAAAAAGUCCUAUGCAUUAGGGUCUAGGAAAGUAUUGUCAGAGCACGUGAGAAGUCGUGCCCCUUGCUGACAGUUAGAGUUUGUGGGGUAGCGGAAUGAGAGGUCUGGGUGCUUCUGGAGGCUGUGGUCCUAGAUGACUACUGGAGACGGCGUGUUUUUGCCCUCCCCACCCCCACAUCCAUAUGUCGCGAGCGAACCCCCAGUGUGAUGAUAUUUGGAGGUGGGACCUUUGGGAGGUGAUCAGGUCAUGAUGGUGGAGCCCCCAUGAACGGGAUGAGUGCCAUCGUAAAAGAGCCCCAGACGGGUCCCUUGUCCCUUCUACCGCGUGAGCUCACAGCAGAAAGACGGCUGGCUGUGUGUGAGCCGGAAAGCGGGUCGUCGUCAGACAUGGAUUCUGCUGGUGCCUCGAUCUGAGACUUCCCAGACUCCAGAUCCGUGAGAAAUAAAUAUUUCCUGUUUAGGCCACCCCGGUUUUGACGUUCCGUUGUGGCAGCCUGAACGGACUGAGACAAUGGCUUCCGUGUGGACACCGGUAAUGAGUGGCCCCUGUCCGGUGGGUCAGUUCUCAUUCAGAGAAUGUGCUUCGUAGACAGUGUCAAAUAUAAGAAGGGACAUGAACAAAUUAAAGUGUAUGCAGAGAACGGAGAUCUGCUGUCCUGUGUCAUGUCCUGUGAGCAAUAAGGGAGCAGAGAAGAUGCCAGGGAGGCCUGUGUGUGUCGGGUAGGUGGGUGCGAAUCACCGUCAUUAAAUAUUUGCGGGAGCGUCGCGCGGAAGAAGGAUUCAUUUUGGCCCAUGUGGCCUUGGGGGCAGUGGACAGAAGUUGCAUUGAGGCAGUCUUCCGCUUGCCGCUGGUGCUGCUUAAAACUGCACCAGGCUAUUUAGAAAGAGCCAGACUCCCCGGACGAGAGGCGGGCACGGCAGGGGCAUCGUCGAGGAGCUUCCUUCUCUAGGUGGGGGAUCCCACCAGAUAAUCUGCAACGUCUCUUCCAGUUGGGGGUUUCUGUAAAUCUCUUGACGCUUCUGUCAUUUUGCCAUCCUUCCCUGGCUUCUGACAGAGGCCAGGCUGUGUGAAGACCUCAGAAGCUGAGAGGGUGGCUGACUGACACCCAGCCUUUGUCUUCAUUAUUUCAGUGUGUGGGAUCCAUUUGCCAAGAAAAAAAAUGGGGAAAGUAUUUUUAGCCAAGGCAUUUGCUUUCAUGGGACCCAAUUUCCUAGAAAAACUCUGUUCCUCCCCUUUUAUGCUAAACCUUAUCAUUCCGCAGGAUUUUUACUCCUUGCGGUGCUAUUUAGAUUAUUUACUUUUUUCAUCUCUUAAGCCAGUUUGAUUCCAGAAGGAUUAAAACCCAGGUGUUAAAUUUCACCCUGGAGAGACAGCAUCCUAUUGACUGCUACUGACAAUACCCCCCUCCCGAGUGGGCAGCUGACUUCGGAGUGGGGUUCUCAGCCUUGCCUGAGAUCUGGAUUCACUUGGGAAGGUUCGAAACAAUCCUCAUACCCAGGCCAUGUGCAGACUGGUUGGAUCAGAAGCCCUGGGUGGGGCCAGGUGCCAAAGGUUUUUAAAGCUCCCAGGUGGUCCCAUGUGCAGUCGAGUCUGAGAACCAUGAUUUAAGAUACAUUCUGGACUCCCCCCUGGAUGACCUCUUGGCCUCUGUUCCGUUUUGGACCUUAAAGGGAUUGAGAAAAGCAGCUUGCUGGUCCCACGCCUGCCAUCUGUGUACUUUGGGGAAGUUCGGAGCCUCUCGAUGGAGCCCCCUAAGAAGGUCAGUUCUAUGUGUGUUGUGUCCUUGACCUGGUUCCUGGAAAGGAGCUCACUCGGGUGCUGUUAGCUAUGAUGAUGACAGUGUUGAUGGUGUUGGUGACGUUGGUGAUGGUGAUGACGACAGUGUUCAUCAUGGUAUUCAUGGUGAUGACGGUGCUGAUGAUGGCGGCAAUGACCACUGUGGUGUUGAUGCCGGUGAUGAUGAUGAUGACCGUGUUGAUGACAGUGACAAUGCUGGUGACGGUGUUCAGGAUGACAGUGCUGCUGCUGGUGACAGUGUGGAUUGAUGAUGGCAGUGAUGACAAUGAGGUUGAUGUUGGUGAUGGUGAUGAUGACAGUGAUGAUGACAGUGUUCACGAUGAUGACAAUGACAUUGAUGACGAUGACAGUGACAAUGCUGGUGACGGUGUUCAGGAUGGCAGUGCUGCUGCUGGUGACAGUGUUGACGAUGGCGAUGAUGAUGGCGAUGAUGAUGUUGGUGAUGAUGAGGACAGGGAUGGUGAUGACAGUGACGAUGACAAUGAUGUUGAUAAUGGCAGUGAUGGUGACGAUGAGGAUGAGGGUGACAGUGUUGAUGGCAUGAUGAUGAUGAUGGUGACACCCCUGAUAAACACCAGUUGGGCAUUUUCCCGUGUAGCUGUGUCCUCUGUGCCAGGUGUUUUGCACAUGAACUUCAUGUAUUCCUCUAAGUACUCAUAGGUGGUGGUUACUAUUAAUACCUCACCGUUUCCACAUUACCAGUUCCAUGGAGAAUGAUGACAUUUGUGGAGCACACUGGAGUAAAAGUGUGACAACUGCAGGGGCCGGGGGUGAUAAGCCUGGUCCCUGUUCCAGGAGCUAUGAGCACAGAGGGGAUCAAUAUCUCGGGCAACCCCCAGAAUCCCACCUUAGGGCUGGGAAGCUCCGCCUUUUCCGCAUCAGGAUGGUGGCGGAGAAGAGUGCGAGGAUUAAUUGUUCUGUUGGUGUCUUCUGUACAUGUCACUUCUCAUUGGCAGGUGUUCACAAGGCAUGUUUUUAAUUCCUAAGGAAUGUUCUAGGCUAAAUGGUGUUCCCCCAAGUUCGUACAUUGAAGUCCUAACCCCCCAGCACCUCAGAAUAUAACCAUGUUUGGAGAGAAAGCAUUUAAGGAGAUAAUUGAGUUAAAACGAGGCCUUCAGGGUGGGCAUUAAUCUCAUAUGACUAGUGUCCUUAUGAGAAGAGGAAAUUAGGACACGGACAUGGAGAGAGGGAAGACCAUGUGAGGACACGGUGAGAAGGGAGCCAUCUACCAGCCAAGGAGAGGGACUUCAGAGGAAACCAAUGCUGCCCACAUCUUGUUCUCAGACCUCCAGCCUCCAGACACCGUGAGAACACAUAUUUCCAUUGUUUGAGCCAGCCAGUCUGUUACCUUGUUCGGGUAGCCCACGUCAGCACAUCAGGGACAGAGUCCUCUUUGCCAUUUUCUGGAACCUGCCUUUAGACAUUCCUUGGGUUUCUCCUGCCUCUAAAAGGGUGGUUCUCAAAUUUUGGCAGACUUCAG